UCAGCAGGGCCAGGUACUGCUUCCAGGAUGGUAACUCCUUUCCUUGACUGCUGUCUUGGCACAGGAGCUCAAAGUGACCAAGCAGCAACCAUAGCUUAACGUUUAAUGGAAUUCUUCCUGAUAGAAACACCCUGGCACCUCUGGAAUUUAGAACCUCCAGACCCAUAGAAUCUAGAGUUAAGUGGGCUUGGGGAAGCACAAAUUCUCCAAGUGGGUCACUGGGUCACUCUUAAUUCCAUCCCUCGGUUCCUGGAUUCAUGUAUUUCACCUAAUGGGGAAAGCACUAUAUUGAUUCAUGGUGUAUUUGCAUCCUGAAAGACAGUGCUUUAUCCUUACAAGGAGUGGUUAAAAGACCUGUGUGAGAAGAAUAAGUGGAGUCACAAAAAGUCCCCCAUCAUAUGGAGAGAGCUGUUGGAUCGUGGAGGAGAGGGCUUGCUUUUGGGAGGAUAUAACGAGUUCCUGGAAUACGCCCAGCUUUACUACGGUGUCACCUCUAGCAUGACUACUGAGCUGAUGAAGAUAAUUGCUCAAGAGAACCUGGAGACACAUAUAGAAAAAAAACUGGAGGAAGAAACCAAGAAAGAUCUCAUCCACCCUUUGCAGGUCUGGAUCACCAGCGCAUCUGUCCCUGCCUGCUACAACCUAAUUCCCAUCUUGACAAGUGGCGAAGUGUUUGGAAUGCACACGGAAAUUAGCCUGAAUCUAUUUGACAAUAAGCAGGCAGAAGAAAAUCUCCAUGUUAUCGUGGCCGAAACUCAGGACCUGGUGGCCCCCUUGCUCCGAAACAUCUCCAUCUGCACCCGAGUGGAGGACGCCUUCCUCCAGGCCCAUGUGAUCAUCAUCCUGGAUGAGAACACUGACCAGGAGGUAUACACUCUAGAAGACUACAUCCGAAGCAGGCUUCCUCUGUGUAGGCUCUAUGGAUACCUGAUCGAGAAAAAUGCUCACGAUUCUGUCAGAGUUAUUGUGGGAGGAAAAACAUUUGUGAAUCUUAAAACCGUUUUGCUUAUGAGAUAUGCCCCAAACGUGGCCCACAACAUCAUUGCCGUGGCACUGGGUGUGGAAGGCCAAGCUAGAGCUGCGCUGGCCAGAAAACUGAGAACAACCUCCUCAUGUAUCAAAAAUGUGAUAGUUUGGGGUAAUAUUAGUGGAAAUAACUACAUUGAUCUGAGAAAAGCCAAGGUUUACAGAUAUGAGAGUGCUAUUUGGGGACCUCCUAACUACUCACGGCCUGUUUUGAGCUUGAUUUUUGAUAGUGACUGGGUAAACAGACAAUAUGUGGAAACUCUUAAAAAGCUGACGGCCACAGGAAAACAAUUUGGAGCCAUCUUAUCUGCACACAGUAUAGCCACUACAUUGAAAUACUGGUACCAUGGCUCACCGCCUGGGGAGAUCGUGUCUUUAGGAGUACUAAGUGAAGGCCAGUUUGGUAUUCCUGAAGGGAUCGUCUUUUCUAUGCCUGUAAAAUUUGAGAAUGGAACUUGGGUAGUUCUUACAGAUCUCAAAGAUACUGAAAUCAGUGAACAAAUAAUGACCAGAAUGACAAGUGAUCUCAUUCAGGAGAAACUUGUUGCACUUGGAGAUUUGAUCAGUUUUCAGCCCUAUCAAUCAGAGACUGACAUAGCCAAAAGCGAUGAAAAGACCAGCUUACCUACCACAUACAACAACCAGGAAAAUCAAAGAGUCUCAGAUGUGGAUCUUUUAGAUCUGAUUCCUCAACCCAUCUCUGAAAAGCCAUACAGUCAAGAAGCCAUAAAUGAUUCUGAAGACAAAAGUGUGGAAGAGCAACAGAUAAAUUAGACCAACUAUAAAGAUAUUUGGUGGUGUAAUAAAUAUGGAAAGACCCAUGAAUGCGUGUAUUUAGGGAAGACACCCCUCCACCUGGUCUGGGGGCAAGCAUGGGACCCAGUUUUGUACAGUGAUACAUAAGAUUUCUGGAGAUGUAUGGGGGGCAGAUGGGGUUGGAGAUAGUUUGCAAGAUUGACUUCCAUCUUAGAUAACAUUAUGCUAGACAAUAACGUGACUGCACACACACAAAAAAUUGAGUUCAAUCAUUUUAUGUUACCUGAAUUCACUCAUAGGUUUGCUUAUUGUCCCAUUUUCUCAUAUAGUUUGGUGUCAAUUGCUGUUUUUUUAAACUACAUUAAAAUACGAUGGUCAGUCAUUGCAUCCUUGCCUGUACAUGCUUCUAAGAGGGACUGCUUCCCCCCACAGGCCAUACCUAAGGCAUGGACAUGAGUGGCCAUGUUUGCUCGGCUGUUCUUACCUCCUUGGCUUCAACUGAUUGGACUAAAAUAAAUACACCUUACUCAAGGGGAACCAAUUAGAU